AUGCUGCGCCGCACCGUCCCCGCCGUGAGCUUCACGGUCUCGCAUCGCGCUCUCAUGAUGCGUCCCAGCCGCCCCCUCCUCAGCGGUGACAUGCACUCUAGCGACCGCUUCAAGGCUGCCUGGGACGAAAUCCCGCUGCAUAUGUUGGGCGCUUCCCACAAGCAGAUGUUCGAGUGGUAUUGGCGCGCCAUGUACCAGCUGGGUCUGCGAGAUCCCUACCGCCUCACCAAGCUGCGCUCCAUGCUCAACUGGGCUGCCUUUUUUUCUUUCCUGUACCUGACUUACAUUUCCAUCUUCUACUCGUCCUUCUACCACGUGUACAUGAUGGACUGGCCGGAGCACUUCAAGCGUGAGAACGCCCGCGACUACGCUGUGUCGCAUGGCCACGACGUGUGGGCUGGCGAUGGCAAGUUCAUCCGCCCGUACUUCCACAUCAACCCGCCGAUGCUGACGAUGACAGAGGAGGAUAUCUAA